CAGGUCUCUAUGGUGUCCAACCUCAACCGCUCGACCCACGAAGACAGCGACGACGAUGAACCCACCAAAUCCUCGCGGAUCAACGAACUCUCGUCUAAGCUUCUCGAGCGCUUCGAGCUCUCGCCUGACGAGCAGUUUGUGGCCAACUACCAGUGCAUGUUGCUCCGUGACGUGUUGCUCCUGGGCCACAUGUACCUCACAACCAACUUCCUCCUCUUCUUUGCGUACCUCCCGAAGCAGAAGGGGGAAGUUGUUCACUCGGGGGGGUUGGCGCUCCGAACCGGCUUCACCCCCGGGAACCGGAUCUCCAAGCAGUGGUGCGUGUUGAAGGAGACCACGUUCAACGUGUACAACAGCGCCACGGACUUGUACUUCCCGAACGUGGUGCUCGACUUGCGGUACGUGCUCCGCGUGGAGCUCAGCCAUGAAACCGAGAAGGAACGAUCCAGCGCGCUUGACCCCUUCACCCAGGAGUCUCGCACGUACCGGAUGCGAGCCUCGUCGGGCCACGCGGCGCGCCAGUGGAUCAAUCUCCUCAAAAAACAGGUUUUUACUGCGAAGCAGAACGGUGACCACGUAUCCGUGAAAAUUCCCCUUCGGUCUAUCAUCGAUGUGGAGGGCAACAACAUGUUUGACGGUGUCGGGGAGGACCGCACGUUAUUGUUGGAUCUCCCCAACGUGCCGAUGAUGAUCCGUGCACGCGUCACAGACGAAUACGCCGUGGACGACUGGUAUUUUAUGAGCCUUAGCUGUGGCGAGGAGAUCUACAAGACAUUGAAAGAGUUGGUAGGGAUAAAAACGGGGGAAGCUACCCCCGAUGACCGAACCGCUUUAUCAAAAACGGAACCCAAGGCAGACCGUAGCAACUUGGAGAUCACCGGCAGUUUGCUCCGGAAACUCACAAGACGAAGCUCUGGGAAGGAAGAGCCAAGGGUGAGGUACACCACCGGGGGAACCGGGAAUGGGUCUCCGUUGGUGGUCUCCCCCAGAAGCCAAACCCCCGAACACUCUGACCUGGAGGUCGAGUACUCGGACGAGGACACAUUGCCCGAGCCGGUCACCCGGUUUCAUCGUCGCCACCGGGGCUGGGGCCCUGGCUCGUUCAUUAAACAGGUGGUUUCCUCGGCCAACCUCAUUGGCCACGCGACGUCAAUGUGGGCGGCCGGGCCGGCACACUACUCCAACCCCAACUCUGUCGAGCUCGGGGCUGAUGACCCGUAUUACGUCACGUCCGAGCACGAUCGCCAGGUGGCGAACGACCACUUCAAGCACCACUUCAGCCUUCCCGACAACGCGCGAUUGGUGUCUAGCUACUACGCGCACUUUCAGAAGACCAUCCCCACGUACGGCAAGAUGUAUGUGGGCGAGAAGGAGAUUUGUUUCCGCAGCUUGCUCCCAGGGGUGAACUUUCUUAUGAUUUUACCGUUUGCGGAUGUUGAGACGUGCUACAAGGAGAAAGGGUUCCGGUUUGGCUACUCGGGACUUGUAAUUGUGAUCCACGGGCACGAGGAGCUCUUCAUGGAGUUUGCGACGUCUAGUUCCCGGGAUGACUGUGAGUUGGUGCUUUUGAAGCAGAUGGACGCGCUUUCGCACCGGAGACACAGGCCUAAAGACACGGCUGGUAUCGAACGAGGCAAGCUUGAGCGCGCACGGUUACAGAUGUACGAGGACAAGCUCACCAGCUCAGCCGGGCUCGACGUUCCGAUCAUCAUUGAAGAGAAUCCAUACUUCAAGACGGAAGUGCGACCGCUGAGACCGUACAAGUUUACGCUCUUGACAAUUGGCUCGCGAGGCGACGUUCAGCCGUACAUCGCGUUGGGCAAGGGUUUGACGGCCGAAGGCCACAGGGUGACGAUUGCGACCCACAAGGAGUUCCAGGAGUGGAUCGAGUCGCACGGGUUGGAGUUUGCGGAGGUGGCAGGUAACCCGGCUGAGUUGAUGUCGCUCAUGGUCACCCACGGUACCAUGUCGGUGAGUUUUCUCAAAGAGGCGUCCACCAAGUUCCGCGGCUGGAUCUCCGAGCUUCUUUCCACCAGCUGGGAGGCGUGCCAGGGGGCUGACGUGUUGAUCGAGUCACCAUCGGCCAUGGCAGGCUUGCACAUCGCCGAGGCACUCAAUAUCCCGUACCUCAGAGCGUUCACCAUGCCGUGGACCAAGACCCGAGCGUAUCCCCAUGCCUUCAUUGUGCCCGAUCAGAAGCGCGGUGGCUCCUACAACUACCUCACCCACGUGAUGUUCGAGACCGUGUUCUGGAAAGGGAUAUCGGGCCAGGUGAACCCCUGGCGCGUGGACACCUUGGGCCUUCCGCGGACUAACUUGGAGAAGAUGCAGCAGUUCAAGGUACCGUUCUCGUACAACGUGUCGCCGACCGUGUUCCCUCCAUCGGUGGACUUCCCCGACUGGGUCAAAGUGACGGGGUACUGGUUUUUGGACGAAUCGCUGACCUAUACGCCUCCCGACGCAUUGGUGCAGUUCAUAGCUGCUGCGGGGAAGGCCGGGAAGAAGUUGGUAUAUAUCGGGUUCGGGUCCAUUGUGGUUUCCGAUCCGAAGGAGCUCACACAAGCGGUGGUGGAUGCGGUGGUCCAGGCGGAUGUGUACUGCAUUUUGAACAAAGGGUGGUCGGAUAGACUCAACAAGAAGGAUGAAAUCGAGGUUGAGCUUCCGCCGCUGGUGUACAACGCGGGCGCCAUUCCGCACGACUGGUUGUUCCCGAAGGUGGAUGCCGCAGUUCACCACGGUGGUUCAGGAACCACCGGAGCAUCGUUGCGUGCUGGCACGCCCACUAUUAUCAAGCCAUUCUUUGGCGACCAGUACUUCUACGGGGGUAGGGUCCAGGACUUGGGUGCCGGAGUGUACUUGCGCAAGUUGAACGCAAAGUCGUUGGCCAAGGCGAUCAAGGACGUCACCACCAAGACCAGAAUCAUUGAGAAAGCCAAGCUCGUGGGAGAGCAAAUCAGGGCCGAGAAUGGAGUUUCCACCGCGAUCGAAACGAUUUAUAGUGAGUUGGAGUACGCCAGGAAACUCAUCACGGAGAAGCGCAAGGCGUAUAAGAACGAACAAAGUGAAGGCCAGGUAGAUGAAAACAGCGUGGCGGAGGACGAGGGUAGCUGGAUGAUGGUGUAG